UGCUGCUUUUGCCUGGUGUUCCCACAGCCCGGAGGACACCCACACGGUCGGUGUGCAGGUUAUUUAGCUGGACCUUGGAAAAGCCACCACCACCUGUGGGCCAUGAUGCUACCCCAGUGGCUGCUGCUGCUCCUUCUCCCCUCCUUUCUCUUCGUCCUCACCAGGGGUUCGCUUUCUUCAACAAACAAGCUUUUGGACCUCAAGGAGUUUUGCCAGCGGAAUCAGGAUUGCAAGUCUGGGUGCUGCCGCCAGGCUCCAAAAACCUGCGAGGCGCACUGCACGGAGAAAGGGUCCGAGGGCAGCUCGUGUCAAGUGCAGGCAUACUUUGGCCAAUAUAGAGAGUGUCCCUGCCAGUGGAACCUGACUUGUGUAUAUCCUGAGAAUGAGAAAUGGCUUCGUAUCACCUAUGGCUUUUGUCAGAAAACUGAAAAGAAGACAUUGGCCCACAGAAUGUUUCUAGUGCUCCCUCUUUCUUACUGCUUCCUCCUCUUCUGCCUGCUCUCCUCCCUACCCAGAGCUCUGGGUUCCCCUUGUUCCCCGGAGCCUCCGCCGUGA